AUGGCGCUGGUUCCCAGAUCCUCCAGCCGGCGGUGGCUAUGGCAGGGGCCGGGGACUCGGCCUGUCAGGGCGGGCUUCGGCACUUUGCUCCUGCUUCUCUUGGUGGGAUCCGGGCCUGGGCUGAGACCGGCCGGGGCUGACCAGACCGAUGAGUACCUAAAGCGGGAGCACUCGCUGUCCAAGCCGUACCAGGGUGUGGGUACUAGCAGUUCUUCACUGUGGACCCUGAUGGGGAAUGCCAUGGUCAUGACCCAGUAUAUCCGUCUUACCCCAGAUAUGCAGAGCAAACAGGGUGCCCUGUGGAACCGGGUGCCUUGCUAUUUGAGAGACUGGGAACUGCAAGUGCAUUUCAAAAUCCACGGACAAGGAAAGAAAAAUCUGAAUGGGGAUGGCUUUGCAAUCUGGUAUACAAAGGAUCGGAUGCAGCCAGGGCCUGUCUUUGGGAGCAAGGACAACUUUGUAGGACUGGGAGUUUUUGUAGACACCUAUCCCAAUGAGGAAAAACAGCAAGAGGCCCAGAAGAGGAGAUAUUCUCCAGGAGUCCAGAGAGUGUUCCCAUAUGUCUCAGCCAUGGUGAGCAAUGGCUCCCUCAGCUAUGACCAUGAGCGGGAUGGGAGGCCCACGGAAUUGGGUGGCUGCACAGCUAUGGUUCGAAAUCUCAACCAUGAUACUUUCCUGGUGAUUCGCUAUGUCAAAAGGCGCCUGACGAUUAUGCUGGACAUUGAUGGCAAACAUGAAUGGAGGGACUGCAUUGAUGUGCCUGGAGUCCGCUUGCCUCGGGGCUACUUCUUUGGCACCUCUUCUGUCACUGGGGAUCUCUCAGAUAACCAUGAUAUCAUCUCCCUGAAAUUGUUUGAGCUGACAGUAGAGCGAACUCCAGAAGAAGAAAAGCUGCACCGUGAUGUAUUUCUGCCUUCAGUGGACAAUAUGAAGCUGCCUGAGGUUACACUGCCAAUGGAACCUUUAAGUGGCCUGGCUCUCUUCCUCAUCGUCUUCUUCUCUCUGGUGGCUGCUGUGUUUGCUCUUGUCAUUGGCAUCAUUGUCUACAACAAAUGGCAGGACCAGAGUCGAAAGCGUUUCUACUGAGCUCUCAUGGCUGCCACCGCUGUGGCUAUAACCCUUAGGCACUGGGUGAGAAGCACUGACCCCAGCAUGCAGCCCAGGAGGAGGACUUCUCCCGUCUCAAACAACAGAGCCCUUGACUUUGUUUUUUAACUGGAGCUUCAAACCCAGGGACACUGCCACUCAUUCCCAUACAACUCUGUGGGGAUGUUAACUCUGGGACAAGAACCCCAUUCAUAAUGGGGACUGUGCUGCUGUGAUGUGCCUUUCCCUGAGGUCCUGCCACCUGGGAGCCAAGAAGGGUGGGGAAGAAUGUAUUCUUUAGGGUUUUUGUGAAAUCAUAAUCACAGGCCAAAAUUUUAUAGCACAGGAUACCUUGAAGGCCAAAGCAAAAGGGGAAUUGUACUUCAGUUUAUAAAUUCCCAAAGCACUGAGAUUUCUUCUUAGAAAUCAACAACUCCUUAGUACUUCCAGCCAUCUAUUUACUGAUCUUUGUUGUGGCUUGGACUGUCUUUUUUUUUUUUUUUUUCAGUGAGGUUUUCUUAGAAAUAAAUGAAGAUUCUUCCCCUGUCCCUCCCCACUCCUCCUUCAGGUCCCCUCUUUCUUCCAAGUCCUUUUCCUGUUGGAAGCAGAUUUCAUUGCCUCAUUCACUCUGGGUGACUGGAAGUCUGGAACUACAAGAAAGCAGGGCUUUUCAUUGACAUUUCCCUAAGGAUUGGGAGGUUGAGCAUAUUCUCUGUUUCAGUGUGGCUUUACCUCAGUCUUCCAUCCUGUUCUGUAAUUAUGGGUCUAUCUUGAGUGUACCUGGUGGUCUGGCAGUGAUCCCAGCUAUCUACCUAUAAUUCCUUGGAACAUUUUUGCCAGAGAAUGGUCAAUUUGCAGAUGAACUGGCUGGAAUUCAGGAUACUUCUUCCUUAAGAGUAUAAAAAAGCCCAGCUGCUUUAGAUUUUUAUAUCCAACAGCUCCUAUUAGUCUGCCCUCACAGCUGCUCUGGGAUUUGCAGGAAUUGCUAAAUUGCAUGUUUUGGGUUUGUGGUAAUUCCUUGGAUUUCACUAUGAAUGUUCAGAAAAUAUGAAGGCUUUUUCCCACAGCCCAAGCUGGGCCACUCAUAAGUGGAGGAAAUUUGUCUUCAUUAUUGGGAACAACUGCUAAACAAGAACUACUCCUAGGAAUAUGGAACCCCAUUCAUCUGCCCUCAGAGGAAUGUUAAGCUAUUAAGUAUCGAGAGAAUUGUUCUCUGUAAACCCUCCUCUGCUGUCUCAUUUGCUAGGGUGUCAUCUGCCUUUUCUUCCUUGUUGAUAUUAGUUAUUAGCUCAAAGUGUUAUCCAAAAUGGGACUCAAGCCUUCAUGCUGUUCUGUGUAUAUCUAUCACAAAGGAAAUUCUUUAAAGUGACUAGCAGGUAAAGAAUGAGGUGAUGCCUCAGUGCCUUUCCACUUGGGGCUGGGUCUUGGAGGAGGUUUGAGCCUGAGACUCUCAAUGUGUCCCAAACAGAAGUUAUCUCAGGGUAGGAAAGGGCCUGGGGUUCAUCUACAAAUCCUGGCUCCUUUUUUGUUUGGAGUUAUUUAUAGUAGUCCUGGUGGUAAAGACAUCCUACAGCUUAGGAGCAGAGAUCUAUUAAUAAAACUAUGGAUGAGACUGAA